AUGGACUCUAUUCAAGACUUCAACAGUAUCACAACACGCCCAACAAUCACGAUCCCCCUCAACACCACCACCACCAUCCCCUCCCCCUCACCCUCCCCAUCCUCUUCCUCUUCCACCACCACCACCACCACCACCACCACCUCCCCCUCCACUCUCAGCCGCUAUGAGAAUCAGAAGCGGCGAGACUGGAACACCUUUGGCCAAUACCUCCGGAACCACCGUCCUCCUCUCUCACUCUCUCGGUGCAGUGGGGCCCACGUCCUCGAGUUCUUGCGUUACCUUGAUCAGUUUGGAAAAACCAAAGUCCACACCCAACUCUGCCCCUUCUUUGGCCACCCGAACCCGCCCGCGCCGUGCCCGUGCCCGCUCCGCCAGGCCUGGGGAAGCCUCGAUGCACUCAUUGGCCGCCUCCGGGCUGCCUUUGAAGAGCACGGAGGCAAGCCUGAGAACAACCCUUUUGGGGCUCGUGCUGUUAGGCUUUAUCUACGUGAAGUUAGGGAUUCCCAGGCUAAAGCUAGAGGGAUUAGCUACGAGAAGAAGAAGAGAAAAAGGCCCCCACAGCAGCAGAAUCCUGCUUCACUGAUGCCACCACAAGCAGCACCACCAGAGAGUAUUACUAGUGCAAGUGAUCAUGAUCAGUAA